UUGAAUCCAGACUCAUUUCAUGAGCACCAACAUAUAUAUAGAGGUUUCAGCACCAAAAAAAUUGUAGAACAUGAAUAUUGAUCUCUAACACUAGCAAAGUAGAAUUAAUUUGGAAAAUAUAAUCAGAUCCUAUAUAUAGCUAGCUAAUAUUGUUCAUUCAUCAACAUGACAUGCAUUAGCAACAAUAUCAUAGAAGGCUUUAAGCCUGCGUUUCUGAUGGUGUUGGUUCGAUUUUUGUAUGCUGGGGUUAGCAUCUUGUACAAAUUGGUUGCAAAUAAUGGGAUGAGUAUGAGUGUUCUCUUGGCCUAUCGUUACCUCUUUUCAUCAGCUUUCAUGAUUCCUCUUGCCUACUUUGCUGAAAGGAAGAGCAAGCCAAAGAUCACAAUGAAAGUGCUCUUUCAAGCAUUUCUUUGUGGAUUAUUUGGGGCAACCAUACAAGAGAAUUUGUUUGUGGAAGCAGUGACUUGGGCAGGUGCGACAUAUCCUAGUGCCAUGUAUAACCUCAUUCCUGCUAUUACCUAUAUCUUAGCCGUCUGUUUUGGGUUGGAAAGAUUGAACAUUGAAACAAAAACUGGGAAGGCCAAGGUGGUUGGCACUUUGAUAGGAAUUAGUGGAGCCAUGAUACUCACCUUCUACAAGAGCAUUGAGAUUCACCUCUGGCCAACAAUUGUGAACCAGAGUAAGCCCAAAGAUGUGGCUACCGGUCAUGUUUGGGGCACAUCUCUUGCUUUCGGAACUUGUAUAUCCUACUCUAUAUGGUUGAUAAUUCAGGCUAGGAUGAGUGCCAAGUUUCCUUGGCAUUAUACAAGUGCAGCUUUGAUGUCAGUGAUGGCAUGCAUUCAAUCAACUAUAUUUGCUCUAGGCAUGGAAAGAGAUAAUUGGAGCCAAUGGAAGCUUGGCUGGAACAUCGAACUUCUCACUGCACUCUAUACGGGUGUUGUAGCCUCUGGGGUAGUUUGGGUUCUCAUGGCGUGGUGUUUACGCUUAAAGGGACCACUUUAUGCAUCCGCUUUCAACCCCCUGCUCCUCGUUAUAGUGGCCAUUGCAGGUUCUCUGUUCUUAGAGGAAAAGCUCUAUUUGGGAAGCAUCAUAGGAUCAAUAUUGAUUGUGCUUGGGCUAUACAUUGUCUUGUGGGGUAAAGGUAAAGAAUUAAAGAGCCAUAUGGAGCAAAAGCAUAAAAAUGACUCAGUUGAAGUUGAACCAUUGGAGAUAGUUACCACAAAGCAAAUAGAUGGUAAAAAUGUUGAUAUUGAUGGCAAUGACUUGAAGUGUGGUACUUCUUGAUGGAAAAUCAUCAUUAAAAACAAUUGAAGAAAAGAAAAGAAACUGAAGGAAACAAAUAUAUCUCAUCAGAGGAGACAUAUUUGAUCAGGAUUAAGUUAUAAACUAAGACUUAUACCCAUUCUUUCGCGGUGGUUGAUGUUUAUGGACUUAUAUAUGGCAUUCAUCAAUGGAACAAACAGUAGAAAAUUGAUGAUUGAAGAAGGAAAUUCCAUUGCAAGACUUGUACUAGAUCGUUAUUGUGUCAUUUGCCAUAAAUAUUUUUUUAUGAAAAA